GGAGCGGUGCGGAGCGGUGCGGAUCGGUGCGCAGUUCCCCGCUCCCCGCCCCGGCCCGCCCCGCUCCCCGGGCGGCCAAUGCGCGGCCGGGGGAGGCAGAGCCGGGACCGGCCCGGGGGAAAGCAUCAAGCCCAACUUUCUCACCUUGAAGGGAAUAAAGCUCUCCCGAUGCUUCCCCGCCCGCCGCCCUUCCCGCCGGCCCGGGCUGUCCCAGCGGAGGACGGAGCCGAGUAGGGGCUCGAUGCGCGGCCAUGGGGCGAGGGGCCGCCAUCGGUCGAAGCCUGCUGCGGGCAGCGAUGUUGCUCGCUCUCUGCCCCGGCGCUGCGGGCGGCACGUGGAUGUGGCUGGGCAUCGCGGCCGCCGGGGGGCCGGAGAAACCGGGCUGCUCCAGCCCUCCGCUGAGCCCCGGGCAGCAGGAGCUGUGCAGGCAGAAGCCGGAGCUGGUGCCCGCCAUCCGGGAGGGAGCGCGUCUCGGCCUCCAGGAGUGCCGCAGCCAGUUCCGACACGAGCGCUGGGACUGCCGCCCGCCGCCCGCCGCCCCGCGCCGCCCGCCCGCCGCCUUCGGGCAGCAGCUGAGCAGCGGCACGAAGGAGUCCGCGUUUGUGUAUGCGGUGACGGCAGCAGGGCUGGUGCAUGCCGUGACCCGCUCCUGCAGCGCAGGAAACGUGACCGAGUGCUCCUGUGACACCAAACUGCAGGGCGGGGGCUCGGCCAGCGAGGGCUGGCACUGGGGCGGCUGCUCCGACGACAUCCACUAUGGGAUGGCCUUCAGCAGGAGCUUCCUGGAUGCGCCCAUCAGGAAUGCGUCAGGAAAGAGUGGCAACGGGCUGCUGGCGAUGAACCUGCACAACAACGAGGCUGGGAGGCAGGCUGUAGCAAAGCUGAUGUCAGUGGACUGCCGUUGUCAUGGUGUUUCUGGGUCGUGUGCUGUGAAAACUUGCUGGAAAACCAUGUCCUCCUUUGAAAAGAUUGGCCGGUUUUUAAAGGAUAAGUAUGAAAACAGCAUACAGGUAUCAGACAAGCUGAAAAAAAAGUUACGCAGGAAAGAGAAGAGCCAGAGAAAAAUACCAAUCCAGAAAGAAGACCUGCUGUACGUGAACAAAUCGCCCAAUUACUGCGUCGAAGAUCAGAAACUGGGGAUCCCUGGGACUCAGGGCAGGGAAUGCAACCGCACGUCAGAUGGACCCGAUGGCUGCAACCUGCUGUGCUGCGGGCGCGGGUACAACACGCACGUGGUCAGGCACGUGGAGAGGUGUGAGUGCAAGUUUGUCUGGUGCUGCUACGUGCGCUGUCGGCGGUGCGAGACCAUGACUGACGUACACACCUGCAAGUAGGGCUCAGCACAGAAACAGCCAAAUCACCCCGCAGCGGGCUGUGUGCCCAGCUGCCACGCAGGCAGCAGUUACUGGGACGGGGACUAUGGGGGAUCCGCCUCCGGGGGAACAGGCAUCGCCAAACAGGGCGUACUCCAAAUAGUUGGUGUAUGAAAGCCAUGAGUGGAGAGCAGCCUGCACACAGGGACAGCCACAGCAACAGGGAAAGACUCCCAAUGGCACAUUUGAGCCAUCUCCGUGUUAGAGUUAAAAUCUCUCUGGGACUUGAAUAGCCACAACAUCGUGAAGAUCAGUGUGGUCGGCAGGUACAGUGCAGAGAACACAAGAUCUUAUCAGCCAGAGGAUGGAGGGCUAGGAGGCUUGUAAGACACAUCAGAUGGAUCCGCUAGAUGACUCAUUUCUACCAGUCUUACAAAAAAUAAGAUACAGGAAUGCUGUAUGUUCUGUUCACCCUGAAGCAUUUCCUUUGUGACCUUUCGAAAAACUCUCUGUGUGGCGUGCCGAAGAGCUGCUGGUACCCAGAAACGUGUGUGCCUAUGGAGAGGGGGGAUAGGAGAGGACGGCCCAUUGGCCUGGAGAAAACUGUGCCCAGAGCAGGGGGGAUGGAGCACAGUUCAGUGAAUGUGGUGUGCCAAAAGCAACCUCAGGGUCCUAUACAAGUUGUCUUUCAAAUGCACAAAGGUCGGGUCUGAGGAGGGACAGAAAUACAGCUUGGUAUUUGAGGGAAGUGCAGUCCCUCACAUGUAUAUCCUCAGCACCCGAGUGCACAAUUUGCAAUCAACCCAUCAUUGCCCCAGUGUUGGACUGCGUGUGUUAACCUGACAUCUUCAGCCAUCCUGGUGGGGCUCACCAGCAAUUUCACAAUUAGCCGUGUGAGACACAGCCCAAAGAAAUCUGUCAUAAAAUGAGAGAUUUUAAACACUUCAGUCACAUUCUCUUAUAGGAGCUACAGCUAGAAUUUUUCAUUAGUACCCCAGUUCAAUGCACAAAUGUGACCAAAGGAUUGGCUCACACCACUAAAAUAUUUCAACUGUUACCAAUAACGUUUUCUCCCCUCCAUACGUUGGCUUAAUUCAUAGAAUCAUAGAAUCACCAAGGUUGGAAAAGACCCACAGGAUCACCCAGUCCAACCAUCCACCCAUCACCAAUAGUUCUCACUAGGCCAUGUCCCUCAACACAAUGUCCAGACGUUCUUUGAACACCUCCAGGGUCGGUGACUCCACCACCUCCCAGGGCAGCCCAUUCCAGUGCUUAAUUCUAUUUUACAUCUGGAAAUGGUUGUUUAUUUUUAUGCAGUGAUACAAUUCCUGGUUUAAAAAAGCAUCACGGGAAAGGAUUUCUGUUGUUUAAACGUGCAAAGACCUAUUUUUGAUAAGAUGAGAAAGUUUAUAUUUUGUAAAUAUUUAAAUUAUGCGAGUUAUGUAAGAGGUUUCCAAAACAAAUGUGCUAAGAUUGCAGCCUGUGGCAUUUGCUGAUGUUUGUUACUAUUGCAGCAGCCUAUAACUGAUUUUUAUUUGCAUGUGCAGGGGGAACUUAUUCAGAGGAUCACUGAAAUGUUCUUUUUUCUACAAUCAGGUCAGUUACAACUGUUCGGUCAACACACUUAUGGUGACACAGUGACGAGAAGCACUUAUUUUGCUGUUCUAAAUGAUCAUUAGUUACUAUCCUGUAUAGUUUUUCUGUUCUUUUCAACUCAUUUUGCACACAGUGAAAUUUGGCUCCAGUGGUAAGUGGCAGAACUCCCACUGACAUCAGCAGGAGUGCUCAGGGGCUGCCGUCCCUUAACUUGUUCCACACGGGCAGGCAGUUGUUAGAAAUAUAUCUGCUGAGAUACUUUGGUUGAGGCUUUCAAAGCUGUCAUUUAUUUUCUCAUGAAAGAUGGUGACCAGAUUCCCCAUCACCGUUUAUUGGAUUUGUAGGUCAGGAGGAAGGAAACAAAACCUGUGUUGUGGUACGUUGCUGCCUUGUGUAGAGCAUCAGAAAGAGAAGUCCUUUAUGUGCUGGUUCUUUGGGGACUGUCUUCCACUUUUGGCCAGUGUCACUUCACUGACCUAGCUAGAUAAUGGGGAGGAAAUAGUGCAGGGCUCCUCGACACCAGGUCAGCUUCAGGGAUUUGCCCAGGAGAAAAGAUCUCAAAGGGCUGUUUGGGGUUGGAACAGAAGGGGCACACACAUCAGCGUCUCACUGAGGAGCGGGGCAGUUGUGACAGGGCCAACGCAUUCAGGGUGUCAGUGCCUGCUUGGGUAGCUCCUAUUUGAGGCUGCAGAGCAGUCGUCUAGGUCUAAAAGGUAUAAUAAAAAUGGCUUUGUUGAUAAAUGUUAUUAAUAAAAGACUUUUUUCUGGUUGAAAGG